GUCAACAUACAACAUUCACCCAACAAAUCAAUUGGGGUUCAUAAAAAAACAUGGACUAACGAGCAAGUUAACAGAAUAGCAUCAGAAAUUCGCACAGCCUUUGAACAUCGAGAAUAUUGCAGUGCGAUAUUUCUCGAAGUAUCUCAAGCAUUCAAUCACGUCUGGUUCAACGGCCUUAUUCAUAAAAUUAAAGCAAUUUUGCCGGUGUACAGCCUAAAUUACUUGAGUCGUGUCUCUAAAACAGUCUUCGCAAUGAAGUACAACGCAAAAACAUCUGACACCUACUCAAUCAAACCUGGAGUCCCACAAGGAAGGGCACUAGAGGACAGCGGAUCCAACAAGCGAACAGCUAACAUCCACUUUCGCCGACGACACUGCGAUCCUCAGCCGCUCCAGAUGCACAGUCAACCCAGCUCGCUAACCACCUUUAGACAGCCAUGCCCUCCGCUCGACUUGAACAGCACUCAGAUCCCCGAAGUCAAGGUGGUAACGUACCUCGACAGCCUCCACUGCCUCAUAACGCCCGAUCGGCCCUGUGUCUGGACUACAAGGUCCUGGUCUACAACGCCACCCUAAAGCCCAUAUGAACGUAUGGUUCCCAGCAUGGGGAAAACGCGUGCAGCUCCAAUCUAGACAUCGUACAGCGCGCCCAAUCAAAAAUCCUGAGAACUAUCACUGGGGAACUAUGGUAUAUUCUCAACCAAAACAUCCACAGGGAUCUUGGCAUUCACAAAAUAGAAAAACAAAAAAC